CUUUGAACGAGUUGACCUGCAAAAUCUCAGCUGUGAAGCUAACCUUUGAAAAGCGCUCAAGAGAACUUCUACAAAACUUUAACAAAGAUUUUGGAUAUUUCAUCUCCAGUGGAAAGCCGAAGAGUCUUUAAAUAGCCUUCAGCGGACCACUCAUGGACCCGGGACACCUGCCGGUGGGAGUCGCUCCUCCGAAACAGUGUUCAGACACUGUGUCCAACGUCCCCGCGCAGCCUGCAGGAGAUGGCGUCCCCGCUGUCGUCAGGACUGUCCGCGCUGACCAGGAUCGCCGUCUCCCAGUCGUCUCCAUUCCUGGCGUGGCGAAAGGUAAGUAUGGAAUUCCUUUAGCAGGUAAGGCUGGGGGCAGUCCCCCAGUCUUUGACGAUGACAUCGAACACCUCAUGGACGUCGACGUCAGCGAUGACGAGGAGGAUGAUGACUUCAUGGACUGGACUGAUGACCAUGGACACCCAGAAACCGAUGACAGCAUGGACUGGACUGACGCUGGAAACGAUGAAGACUCCAGACCUCGCUCCUCUCUCGUGAAGCACCUCCCAGGGUGUCCACCAGUCCCCACCGGUCCACCCGCUCCUGCUCGUCCUCCUGCUGGACCGCCUGUCCCCAUCCGUCUACCUGCUCGUCCUCCUGCUGGAAUGCCUGUCCGUCCUUCUGCUGGACUGCCUGUCCCCAUCCAUCCGCCCGUUCCUGCUCGUCCUCCUGCUAGACCGCCUGUCCGUCUUUCUGCUGGACCGCCUGUCCGUCCUUCUGCUGGACCGCCUGUCCUCAUCCGUCCGCACGUUCCUGCUCGUCCUCCUGCUGGACCGCCUGUCCGUCCUUCUGCUGGAGCGCCUGUCCUCAUCCGUCCGCACGUUCCUGCUCGUCCUCCUGCUGGACCGCCUGUCCGUCCUUCUGCUGGACCGCCUGUCUCCAUCCGUCCGCCCGUUCCUGCUCGUCCUCCUGCUGGACCGCCUGUUCCUGCUGGUCCUUCUGUCUCCACUCCAGAAGAGUCUGCUCCAUUCACCUCAGGCCUGGGCCCCUACUCGAAGAGUAUCAGGAAGAAGAGUGCUGCUGCACAGGACGUUGUGAAGAGGACCAGGGAGGAGAGUGCUGCUGCACAGGACGUUGUGAAGAGGACCAGGGAGGAGAGUGCUGCUGCACAGGACGUUGUGAAGAGGACCAGGAAGAAGAGUGCUGCUGCACAGGACGUUGUGAAGAGGACCAGGGAGGAGAGUGCUGCUGCACAGGACGUUGUGAAGAGGACCAGGGACGAGAGUGCUGCUGCAGAGGACAUUUUGAAGAGGACACAGGAAGUUUUGAAGACGACCAGGGAGAAGAUUGUUGCUGCACUGAACGGUGUGAAGAGGACCGGGGAGGAGAGUGCUGCUGCACAGGACGGUGCGAAGAGGACUAGGGAGGAGAGUGCUGCUGCACAGGACGGUGCGAAGAGGCAGAGGAGGGGUUACCAAGACAUCGACGACAAGCAGCCUGCCACCUCCGGAUCAAGCUCCUCUACACUCAGAAGAUUCUGACCAGCUCCUGUGGACGACAGCGACUCGGACUUCAACAGUCGCUGUAGAGGACCUGUUUGCGUAUACAAAUUGUAUAUACAUUUUGUGACCAGCAGGACUGAAGAGCCCAGGAUCAACUUCCCAAAUAUUUGAUGUGGUUGGUGAUCACUCAGGUGGUAUCUCUAGCACCAGGUUCUAAUUCAUACCUGGCUGCCUUAUGAUUUGAUUGUAUUAAUAAAGCUGUAGAUGACUGUACCAGAGGUAAGUUCACAAUUCUUAACGGCAUCAACAAAACUUGUAUUUUAAAUAUUCAAUUCACUUAUUCAGUUGUUCAUAUAUGAUUACUUCUACUAACUCUUUUGUUUCUGUUUGUCUCCAUAAAGUGUUGAUGAUUAUUCCAGAUUAAAGUGAUUGUCCAUGAAAAAGGAGAAUGAAGACGCCACAUCAAGAGAAGAUGUUUACAUCCCAGACCAGAUGAGAAGGAUGGAUGACUACAGGACCAGCUGGAGAGCGGUGGUCGUCUCUCU